AUGGCUGACGUAGAAGACAAGCCGUCACGAAAAUCGGUCUCGUUCGCGGACGCACACGCAGUCGUCGACGAGGAUGGCAACGUCAAGGAAGGCAAGUCCAGUGGCGACGGCACCACGGCCGAAUCCCACUCUGCGGGCACCGAUCCUGCCGUCGAAGAGGUCACAGACAUGUUCGCAAGCCUGGCGAAGAAGAAGAAGAAGCCCAAGAAGGACAAGGCAGGCGAUGACGACGCCGAUGCCGCCGCCGCCGCCGCACCGGCGGGCGAAGACGGCGAGCUGGACUUAAGCUCGCUCAAGAAGAAAAAGAAGAAGAAGAGCAAGGUUGACGAGCUGGAGAAGGAGCUUGCUGGAGACGAUGAGGGCGCCUCCGCCGAGAAGUCCAAGAGCGAGCCGAUGCCCGAAGGCGACCCGGUCGCUGGCACUGGUAUCUACCAGCAUAACAGCACGGCCGACAUUCCCUACAACAUGCUGCUCAGCCGAUUCUUCACGUUCCUGUCGGAGAGGCAUCCCGACCUCGUGGGCGGCGUGGCCAAGUCGUUCAAGAUCCCGCCACCGCAGUGUCUGCGUGAAGGAAACAAGAAGACGCUGCUGGCCAAUCUUCCCGACAUCUGCAAGAGGCUCAAGCGAUCCCCAGAACACAUCACCGCCUUCUUGUUCGCCGAGUUGGGUACCAGCGGCUCCACGGACGCCAACGGCCGCCUGAUCAUCCGUGGUCGAUUCCAGAGCAAGCAGAUCGAGAACGUGCUGCGAAGAUACAUCAUGGACUACGUCAUUUGCAAGACGUGCAAGUCUGCAGACACGGAGCUGAGCCGCGGUGAAAACCGUCUUUCUUUCAUCACUUGCAACAGCUGUGCUUCCAGACGAUCCGUUGCCGCCAUCAAAAGUGGAUUCUCAGCACAAAUUGGCAAGAGAAAGCGUCAAGUCUCAAACUCUGCGCAUGAGGGUGUCUUACGUCGUCCUGGCGGAGUCGAGGUUGAGCCGCCAGGCUGCAAGAUGACGGUCAUCAGCCACAAAGACAAAGUAGAAGAUGUAAAUACAGGGGAUGGUCCGCUUCUUCAAAUGGCCAACACCAAGAUUCCAUGUUUCCAGCAGCAGCCAGGUGCACGAGUUGCUUUCACGUGGGUGACGAAGCUAAUGCAAGCGCCCAAAAAUAACCGCCCAGGCAGCAUCAGGGUUCCGCAAGGCUGGCGAAUCAUCACGCCAGAGACGCUGGACAAGGAACCGCGCACCGCAAAGUACAAGAGCAAGCACAUUUCAUCCACCAUGGCGCGCACACUCGCCUCCGUGUCCUACUUCUCCUCUCCCUCUCUUGACUGCCACCGCUCUCUCCUUGCGCUUCUUGCCAAGGCUUCUCGUGUAAAAUUCCCGCUUCGCGCCUAG